GUAUGUGACUGGCACCCUUGAGACAUGAAGUGGCUACUGUUCUUUGGGGCCCUGAUUGGGGCAGGCAUCUGCGGCCGAGAUAAAUUCUUUGGGGACCAAGUUUUUAGGAUUAACGUCAGAAAUGGAGACGAGAUCAGAAAACUGACUGAGCUAGUGAAUUCUGACCACUUAAAGCUCAGUAUCUGGAAAUCUUCCUCCACUUUUGAUCGGCCUGUGGAUAUUCUCGUCCCUUCUGUCAGCUUGCUCCCAGUCAAGUCCUUCCUGAAGUCCCAGGGUUUAGACUACUCCGUGACAAUUGAGGACCUCCAGGCCCUUUUAGAUAAUGAAGAUGAAGAAAUGCAACACAAUGAAGGGAUAGAGCGGAGUGGUGACUUCAACUACGGAGCUUACCAUUCCCUGGAGGCUAUUUACCACGAGAUGGACAGUAUUGCCACAGACUUUCCUGACCUGGUGAGCAGAGUGAAGAUUGGAGAGACAUUUGAAAAGCGGCCCAUGUAUGUUCUAAAGUUCAGCACGGGAGGAGGCGAGAAGCGGCCAGCCAUUUGGCUGAAUGCAGGCAUCCAUGCCCGUGAGUGGAUCUCACAGGCUACAGCCAUCUGGACAGCGAGGAAGAUUGUAACUGAUUAUAAAAAGGACCCGGCUGUCACCUCCAUCUUGAAGAAAGUGGAUAUUUUCUUGUUGCCCGUGGCCAAUCCUGAUGGAUAUGUGUACACGCAAAGCCAGAACCGAUUAUGGAGAAAAACACGGUCCCGGAACCCGGGAAGCCGUUGUGUUGGAGCCGAUCCAAACAGAAACUGGAACGCUAGUUUUGCAGGACAGGGGACCAGUGAUAACCCUUGCUCUGAAGUGUACCAUGGCUCCCACCCCAAUUCUGAAGUGGAGGUGAAAUCGGUGGUGGAUUUCAUUCAAAAUCAUGGGAACUUCAAAUGCUUCAUUGACCUGCAUAGCUACUCACAGUUGCUGAUGUAUCCCUAUGGGUACACAGUCAAGAAGGCCCCAGAUGCUGAGGAGCUGGACGAUGUGGCAAGGAAUGCAGCCAAAGCCCUGGCUUCUCUCUCGGGCACUAAGUACCGAGUGGGCCCAACUUGCACCACCGUCUAUCCAGCUAGUGGGAGCAGCGUUGACUGGGCGUACGACAAUGGCAUCAAGUAUGCUUUCACAUUUGAGCUGAGAGAUACUGGGUACUACGGCUUCCUCUUGCCAGCCAGCCAGAUCAUCCCCACCGCGGAGGAGACCUGGCUAGGGCUGAAGACCAUCAUGGAACAUGUUCGGGACCACCUCUACUAGUCAAAGAACUCUCACAUUUUACCUCUAAGCCACCACAGUUUAAGAUCACGUCUUCACGGAUAGGUCGGAGCCUUCUGAGUCGGCAGAGAACUCAGCUGUCUCCUCUUCAGCAUCGCUUCACAGAGAUCACACCUCCUGGUAGUGAGCACGUGAGGGACACUUCCUCCAUGAAGUGGUCGGUCCUGCUGCUCUACUGACCUUUGGUAUAUAUACCUCUCUACUUACGCAGCUGGUUAGGCUGGCCACAUUUGAGGUCAUGACUUCCUGGUGGCCUAUGGCUACCUCACCUUUAGAACUUUGAUGGUCCUCUAGUCUUUACCUGUAGCCUCAGGUAGGGCACCAUGGGAGGUGCUGGGGGAGACAGUGCCUGUCUUUAGAACUCUGUAAUUUCUCCUUCAAACAUGUUCUCUCUUUCUUUCUUUUUUUCUUUCUUUUAGACAGGGUCUUACUAUUUUGCCCAUGCUAGCCUGAAGCUCCUGGGGUCAAACUAUACUCUUCCCCACCUCCCCCUCGCUCCAUCUUCCCAGUAGUAGUACGUAGCUCAGGAACACACUUUUCUUUGAGGGAACAAAUCCUAUUAGACCAUCAUCAUUGCUCUUCCUAGCUGCGUAUUCUUCCUACUCCAUAUCAUCAUCAGCAUCAUCAUCAUCAUCAUCAUCAUGGAGACAGGAUCUCUUUAUGUAGCCAUGACUGUCCUGGAGCUUGCUAUAUAGACCAAGCUGGCCUUGAACUUACAGAGAUCUGCCUGGCUCUGCCUUCAACAUACAUUAAAGGAAUUAAAGAUGCAUUAUCACC